UCUCGCAACACGUUUAGCAACAUUCAUCAAAGAGGGGCAUACUUUGACAAUACACAAAACAGUCUUCUGGUCAGAUUCAAGCACAGUUUUGGCAUGGAUACGCUCCGAUCAUCGGCGUUAUAAACAGUUUGUUGCCUGUCGUGUUUCUGAGGUCUUAACAACAACUACGAUCUCUGACUGGCGGUGGAUAUCGACGAAACUAAACGUAGCAGAUCUAGCGACAAAAUGGGGUCAAGGAGGCCAACUGAAUACAAACAGCUCAUGGUUUCAGGGUCCCGAGUUCUUGAAAUUAGGUGAAAAGUAUUGGCCUAGACCAAAAUCAAUCUUAGCUACCAACGAAGAGAUGAAACUUUGUGGAAUACAUCAUGGUAUUACUGUUCCGGUACCGGUGAUUGACCCUUCACGUUUUUCACGGUGGACUAGGAUGGUAAGAGUGACGGCGUACGUUUUACGGUACUUUAACAACGUUCAAAAGAAAAGAUCAAAGCUGAAUAGUUCUUAUCUCACUCAAGAUGAAUUGCAGGAGGCUGAAAAUUACCUUUUUCGCAUUUCACAAUGGGAGGCUUUUCCAGAAGAUAUGUCAGUACUGCUGUCGACUACCAAUGUUGGUGUAGAAAAGAACAGUCCUUUGUACAAGUUAUCCCCUUACUUAGAUGAGCACGGAGUGCUCAGAGUGGACGGUCGAAUAGGAGCGGCUAGGAACGUUGAAGAGAGAACCAAGUUUCCAGUAAUCCUGUGCAAGCAACAUCGGGUUACCGAUCUCCUGAUCGAUUACUAUCAUAGUAAAUAUCAUCACGCAAACUUUGAAACUGUAGUGAACGAAAUAAGACAAUUUUUCUACAUCCCUCAAAUACGAUCGCGAGCCAAGAAAAUCGUAAAACAUUGUCAAUGGUGCAAAGUGUACAAAGCACGCCCUCAAGUUCCCAGAAUGGCACCGCUUCCUGAAGCAAGAUUAGCAUCAUUUACCCGACCCUUUAGCUAUGUUGGGCUAGAUCUUUUCGGACCGGUUUCUGUUAAAGUUGGUAGAAGCGCAGUGAAGCGAUGGGUAGCCUUGUUCACGUGCUUAACCAUACGCGCAGUACAUGUGGAGGUUGUGUACGGUCUGGACACUCAAUCGUGCAUCAUGAGUAUCCGUCGGUUUGUCGCUCGUCGUGGCUCUCCGCUAGAAUUUCAUUCAGAUAACGGCACAAACUUUCGAGGUGCAGAUAACAUACUACAGAAUCAGAUACGUAACAUUCAAGAAGGACUGGCGUCAACGUUCACAAAUACCGUAACGAAGUGGAUUUUUAUUCCUCCUGGAACCCCGCACAUGGGAGGCUCCUGGGAGCGUAUGGUGCGCUCGGUAAAAACAGCGAUGUACUCAAGUAUUGAAGCCGGACGGAAGUUGACCGACGAAGCUCUAUUGACCCUGCUGGUUGAAGCCGAAAGCAUAGUAAACUCAAGACCACUGACGUAUCUUCCGUUGGAGGCUCCAGAGAGUGAAGCUCUUACUCCAAAUCACCUUUUGCUUGGUAGCUCUAGCGGCAUAAAACAACCUGGAAUAGAACCGGUGGAUGAAAGAUUGGCGCUCAAGAACUCCUGGUAUCAAAUUCAACAUCAAGCUGAUAUCUUCUGGCGUCGUUGGACUCGUGAAUAUCUUCCGGAACUGACUCGCCGAACAAAAUGGCUGGGAGAAUCGCGUCCAGUUAUUGAAGGAGAUUUGGUCAUAAUCGUAGACGAUGGAAAAAGAAAUGGUUGGAUACGGGGUAAAGUCAUAAAGGUCAUAUCCGGGCAAGACGGGCGAGUUAGAAGGGCUUUGAUUCAUACUCAUAAAGGGAUCUCUAAACAAUCAGUCUCAAAGUUGGCAAUUCUAGAUGUGGCUCCAGAGAGUAACACAGGAUCUGCUUGACCUGUGUUACGGGGGGGAGGCUGUUGGAAACUGGUUGCACUGGAGUUUGGCGGCGACGCUUCAUCGGUGUUGCGGAUUCUUCAGCGUCGCGACAUAUGAGAUUUUGACGUCUCUUCAAGACAUUUCACAUCCGGUUGUAAACUAGAUUAGAAGCUAGAGUUCCUGAAAUUAGAAAGCCUAAAAUUAUUAUUAUCCUUCCACAAAGUUAUACUUACCUUCAAGUUAUACUUACCUUCAAGUUAUACUUACUCCUAGUUAUACUUACCUCCAAGUUGUUGUGCUAAGAUAGCUACUCGUAGCUUAUUUAUCCGGGACUGAACCAGCAAAUAUUCCGCGAGCAGUAUACCAGCCACUGGAAAGUUCGGAUAAAACCGUUAGGAGAAAACCCGUUUCGGUAGUUGAAAAGAACAAGCGAUAUAAGCGCACUAAAUUUGUAAGUGUUAAAUAGUACUUUCUGCUUAAACCUACUUUACUUAAAAUAACCUUAAAAUAAAUUGCAGCUUGAAGCUGUCGUUGACAAGCUAUCUAGAUUGGUGAACCUUUUUUU